AUGGACGACGUACCGGCACCCCCGUCGCACAUGCGGACUGUUCCCGGGUCGGUCAACGUUCCCGUCGCCAAGUUUCCCCACCCUGCGCCAACGACAGAGGUGAAACCAGAGCAAGUCGCUACCGACGUGGUAGAUCAGUUCAACACGGCAAUCGAUGAGGGCAAUUUUGCUGCCGUCGUUGACCUUUUCAAUCACGAGGGCUUCUGGCGCGACCAUCUCGCCCUCUCCUGGAGCUUCCAGACGCACAGAGGUACUUCUGGCAUUCAAGAGUUCCUGAAGGACUGCGCCGGCAGUAAGGAUGGAUUUCGUCUAAAGAGCAUCAGUCUCGAUAAGACAUCUGAUGUGCGAAAGCCGCGAAUGUCGUUCCUCGACCACGAUGCCAACGUGCCGUGCCUCACCUUCUUCUUUACACUGCAGACGACUGUUGGCUCCGGCGACGGUGUUGCUCGUCUUAUCCAUCACGAUGACAAAUGGAAAGUCUUCACCUUCUACACUGUGUUACAGGAGAUCAAGGGACACGAGGAGGCUGUCAAUUCACGACGCGGCCAAGGUGUUGAGCACGGAGGCAAACCCGGCCGCAAGAAUUGGGUAGAGAGACGGCAGGCAGAGGCUGAGCUUGAGCCGGACAUUGAGCCGUCUGUCCUCAUCCUUGGCGCCGGCCAAGCGGGCCUCACCAUUUCGGCCCGCCUCAAGGCUUUGGGCGUCACAUCGCUCAUGGUCGACCAGAACGACCGCAUAGGUGACAACUGGCGAAAGCGAUACCAUCAGCUCGUACUCCACGACCCCGUGUGGUACGACCACCUGCCCUGUAUCAAGUUCCCCCCACAGUGGCCCGUCUUUACGCCCAAGGACAAGCUUGCCGAGUUCUUCGAGUCGUACGCCAGAUUGCUGGAACUCGACGCUUGGAUGAAGACAACCAUAACGGACACACAAUGGCACGAAGAUACGCGCGUCUGGGACAUCACUGUUCGCCGCACUCUUGACGACGGCACGACACAGACACGGACCCUACACCCACGGCACGUCAUCCAGGCGACAGGCCACUCGGGCAAGAAGAACCUGCCUGCUGUUCGUGGCGCUUCGUCAUUUGAGGGCCAUCUCCUGUGCCACUCGUCCGAGUUUCCAGGCGCCCGCGCCUCCAUUGCUCCCGGAACGCGCGCUAUUGUCGUCGGCUCUUGCAACUCGGGCCACGACAUUGCACAGGACUUUGUCGAGCACGGCUACGACGUCACCAUGGUGCAGCGGUCGACGACGUGCGUCAUCUCGUCCGAGGGCAUCACCGAGAUUGCUCUCGGCGGUCUGUAUUCCGAAACUUCGCCGCCGGUCGAAGAGGCCGACUUGCUGCUGCACAGUUUGCCGGCGUCCGUGCUCAAAGCGGACCAGGUCUUGGUCACAGCCAAGCAGAACGCCAUGGAUCGAGAUAUCAUUGACGGACUUGAGCGUGCCGGGUUCAAGGUCGACCGAGGGCCUGAUGACUCAGGUCUUCUGAUGAAAUACUUUCAGCGUGGCGGUGGCUACUACAUUGACGUCGGCGCCUCGCGGCUCAUCGCAGAGGGCCGUAUCAAGAUCAAACAGGGCCAAGAGAUCACCGAGUCUUUUGCCACGGGCUACCAGAACAUGCGCACUGAGACGAGGGCUAUUUUUGGCGACCAAGUUGCGGACCAGGUCGGGGACAUCUGGGGGUAUAACGAAGAAGGGGAGCAGCGCAUCAUCUGGACCAAGAGUGGACAUCCUGGGUUUUGGUUCCACGGCGGCAACCUGGCUCUCUGUCGGUUCUUCUCCAAGCUGCUAGCUCUACAGAUCAAGGGGCUUGAGGUGGGCAUCUACCAAUAUGGAGACAAAUGA